GGACCCAUCAGCGGCGCAGAGACCCCUGUCCUACUCCUCUGCUGUCAGUAAACGGCUCAGGGAACUAGAGGUCCUGGGCAGCCACGGCUAUAGGAGAAAUUCUAAGAGCCUCUGUCCGCUGGGGGCGCUGUACACUACUAUUAUGUAGUAAUACACAGCAGUGUAUGCGGUAGCUCCGCACACAGGCGCCUGACACACACGGCCCCGCCCCCUCUGUCCCUCUCGGCCCCGCCUUUCUCUUGCCCCUCCCGUGACGUCACCUGCUCCUGCGCACUGACCUGUACAUCUUUCCCGUGGAGGGCUCAGGCUGCCCGGGGCAGGGCUGGCAGAUGAUCCCCGGCGUGAUGUGGCUGAGCUGAGGCGGCUCUGGAAUGGAGAGUGCCCUGCUGUGCGAUGAUGAGAUCUUGCUUCCCUCUGAGCAAGAGUUUCACAUUGCAGCCAAGACAAACAACAUUGAGAAGAUGUUACAGCUGAUGAAGAAAGGAGUGGAUGUGAGAGCCAAGAACAGUGUAGACAGGACAGCCUUACACUGGGCAGCAGGUGCUGGACAUGAACAAGCGCUCAAGCUUCUCCUGGAGCAUGAUGUCCCUGUGGACGAGGAAGACUGUUUUGGAAUGAAUGCCUUACUACUAGGAGCAUGGUUUGGACAUCUUAAGAUUCUUCAAAUCCUUGUCAAUGCUGGAGCCAAAAUAAACUGUAAGAACAAGAAUGGCCUCAACCUGCUCCAUUGUGCAGCACAAAGAGGACACAUCAAAGUCAUGGAGUUUAUUAUGGAGGAUCUGGAGGACAUCAAGCUGGAUAAGACAGAUAAGCUCGGGAGGACUGCGCUUCACCUGGCUGCAGAACAUGGAAUUCUGGAGGUGGUGGAAUUCCUGAUCGGUUCUGGCUGCCACCAUAGCCUAAAGGACAAGGAGGGCAACACAGCUCUGCACUUAGCAGCAAAGAAUGGCCAUACAGAUGUUUUACAGAAAAUAGUUGAGAUUGGAGUGGAGUUCAAUGGAAAAAACCAGGAAGGACUGACUGCCUUACAUCUCGCUACAGAGGGUGGACACUUUGACUGUGCCAGAGUUCUCUUGGAAGCUGGAUGUAACGUCAAUGUACAAACAGAGAAAGGAAUGAAUAGUCUUCAUUAUGCAGCUUUCCAUGGGCUCGAAGACAUCGCCAGGAUGCUGAUAGAUGCUGGAAUAAACAUCAAUGCAGUGAACAAUCAAAAGUCAACCGCCCUGCAUAUAGCUGUCCUGCAGAACUUUCCCUCCAUAGUGAAGCUUUUCAUUGACUGCGAGUGUGACCUGGACAUUACAGAUUACAGGCGACAGACUCCUCUCCAUAUAGCGGCAGAACAUGGGCGUCAGGAAAUGGCAGAAAUGAUCCUCAUAGCAGGAGUGAAUCUGAAGUUACAAGACAAGCAAGGAAAGACAUCCCUUGAUGUGGCCGCUCGAGGGAAUCACAUCAAUUUGGCAGACAUGAUUAUCAAGGCAGAUCGAUUUUACAAAUGGGAUAAGGACAAUAUGAACAGUGAUUCUGACUCCUGGGAAGCCAGGCACUUGACGUUCCGACAAGACCACCGUCUGGAGACGCAGCAUAUCCGCUCUGUUAUCUGGAGGCUUGCAACUAAAUACCUAAAACCCAAUGAGUGGAAGAAGUUGGCACAAUACUGGAAAUUCACUGAUGCACACAUCCGUGCUAUAGAGCAGCAGUGGACAGGGAGCAAAAGCUACAGGGACCACGGACACAGGAUGCUGCUGAUCUGGUUGCAUGGGGUGGUGAUGGCUGAAGAGAACCCAGUAAAAGGAUUGUAUGAAGGCCUUGUUGGCAUUGGGAGGAGAGAUCUCGCAGAGAGUAUCAGAAGAAUGGCAAAUGCUGAUGAUUCUUCCCCAAAGACUUGUGCGGCCAUGUAACCAUCGAAUGAGAAAGAUUCCACUACAAACUGCAGUUUGGUUUACAGCACUAUUACAUCAAGGGCUGAGUCUCCAAAUACAAUUCCUACUGUGCCAUUCAGAAAUCCAACCUCAGAUCUCUUAAAGGGAAACUGACAGGGUCACCAUCCUCACCUGAUUAUAUUGGUAGGCAGUGUGGGUAAUGCUGAUUAAAACACUUACCAGGUGAAAAUCUGUGCAGCCGUUCAAGGGAUAUUCAUCUUGUUGCUACUAUGAUAAUAACCCCGCCCCUCCAUAAAUAUAUUCAUCCUACUUUCUCAACAUGUCUGUGAAGGAGGAGGAGUUUUCAGUUGAAGGGGAGGGAUUAUAGCCCGAGCAGUCAGGAGAAAGCAUUACACAUACAGCAGCAGCCACCUCCAGUGCAGAUAAGAAGUAGAAACCAUAUUACCAGCAAGAUAAAUAUCUCCGGAACAGCUGCACCAAUUUUCACCUGGUAAGAAGCAUCACCUGCGCUAUCUACCUGUAUGAUUAGUGUGAGUGACCCUGCUCUCAGUUUUCCUUUUACAGGUGCACCUACAGGUAGGGAGUGCCUGCUCUGCCCAUAGGGCACCAUGCUAAAUUGUGACAACACUGCAGGUCAUUCACGUCAUAAAAAUAUGCAUAGCACAUCGUAGCACAUCACUGGUGCAAUAAGGGGUGUUAAAAGCCAAUGACCCCACCAUGCUCGGAUUUUGUAAUUAAAUUUUGUAUGCAUAGGGUGGAUGACAUUUUUUACUUAAAGCACAUUUGUAUGAAAGAGAACAGCAGAUGACUGAUUUUCUACUACAGAGUGUUUUCUAUGUGUUUGAACUGCAAGCGAUGGGCAGGUUGACUGCAUCUUAUAUGUGCCACGAUAUUUGUAUAUUUAUGAUAUAUUUAAGGGACUUUGUAAAAAUUGUUCUUUUUAACCUUUUCUUAGAGAAACUAAAUUGUUUUAUAAAAGUCGUUAAAGCAUUUCAGUAUGAUCAAAAGAUCUUAUAAAAUGCAACCAGAAACCGUUCAAAAUGUUGCAUACGUUUAGAUGGUGGGAAAAAAAACAUAAUGGUGCUCAAGGGUAGACAUUCACUUGAAAAAGGGAUCCAGUGACCCAGUGUUCCGACCAUCACUGUUUACUAGAACAAGGCAGGAGAAGUGUAUAUCCAAUCAUAGACACUGUCAGCACAUGAGAACCAUUUGGCCCAUCUAGUCUACCCAACAUUUUGAAUCCUAAAAAUAGUCCUUGUCCCCAUCUUAUAUAGCCUUAUGCCUAUCCCAGGCUUAAACUUCUUCACUGUAUCUGCAUUGACCACUUCUGCAGGAAGGAUAUUACAUGCAUUUACUACUCUCUCAGAAAGGUAAUAUCUCCUUAUAGUAGUUUUAACCCCUUAACGACCACGGACGUAAAUGAACGUCCUGGUUUGGCGGGACUUCCCGCACCAGGAAGUACAUUUACAUCCUGUGUAUGACCGCGAGCAUCGGAAGGGUGCUCGCGUCAUACACGGCAGGUUCCGGCUGCUAGUAGCAGCCGGGGACCCGCCCGUAAUGGCCGACAUCCGAGAUCGCGCGGAUGUCCGCCUUUAACCCCUCAGAUGCCGUGAUCAAUACAGAUCGCGGCAUUGCGGUACUUUGAUUGGAUGAUCGGAUCGCCCGCGGCGAUCCAAUCAUCCAGCAUGGCGGCCGGAGGUCCCCUCACCUGGCUACGGCCGUCUCCCGGGGUCUUCUGCUCUGGUCUGAGAUCGAGCAGACAAGAGCAGAAGAUCACCGAUAAUACUGAGCAGUGCUGUGUCCUAUGCAUAGCACUGCACAGUAUUAGCAAUCAAAGGAUUGCUAUAGAUAGUCCCCUAUGGGGACAUAAAAAGUGUAAAAAAAAAAAAAAAAAAAGUUUAAAAAUGUAAAAAUUUAAAGUGAAAAAUCCCCUCCCCCCAAAAAAUGAAAAUUGUCAGUUUUUCCCAUUUUACCCCCAAAAAGCGUAAACAUUUUUUUUUAAUAAACAUAUUUGGUAUCGCCGCGUGCGUAAAUGUCCGAACUUUCAAAAUAUAAUGUUAAUGAUCCUGUACGGUAAAUGGAGUGAACGUAAAAAAUAAAAGAAGUCCAAAACUGCUGCUUUUUUGUCACCUUUUAUUUUAAAAAAAAGUUAAUAAAAAAUGAUCUAAAAAAAGUACAGAUGACGGCGCAAAAAAUUAGCCCUCAUACCGCCCUAUAUACGGAAAAAUGAAAAAGUUAUAGGUGGUCAAAAUAGGGCGAUUUUAGAUUACUGAUUUUGUACAAAAAGUUUUAGAUUUUUUUUAAGUGGUACAAAAAUAUAAAAGUAUCUAGCCAUGGGUAUCAUUUUAAUCGUAUUGACCCACAGAAUAAAGAACACGUGUCAUUUUUACUGUAAAUUGUAUAGUGUGAAAACAAAACCCUCCAAAAUGUGCAAAAUUUUGGUUUUCAUUUAAAUUUCCUCCCUGAAAAUUUUUUUUGGGGGGGUUUGCCGUACAUUUUAUGGUAAAAUUAGAUGUUUCAUUACAAAGUACAAUUUGUGGUCACACAAAAAACAAGCCCUUAUAUGGGUCUGUAGAUGGAAAUAUAAGAGUUAUGGAUUUUAGAAGGCGAGGAGGAAAAAACGAAAACGCAAAAAUAAAAUUGGCCAGGUCCUUAAGGUGAAAAUGGGCUUGGUCAUUAAGGGGUUAAACCUUUGCUCUUCUAAUUUUAAACUAUGUUCUAAGCGUUUCUUCCCCAGUCUCUUUUGUUGCUGCACAAGAUGGGUUCUGUAGCCUUACUAUAAAAUCUGUCUCUUGCAGUGAGGAAAGAGAUGGAAGCUCUUAGCCUUGCACUUCACCUGCCUCGUUCUAGUAAUUGGUGGAGGUCAGAACACCCAGCCCCCGACUGAUAAAGACUUUUCAUAUGUCAAAAGUUUUUUUAAAGUGUACCUGUCACCAAGGAAAAUAACACCCAAGGACCAUGUUCCUGUCACUUUUAUCUGUGCUGAUUCUAGCUCUGGCCAGAUAUCUGCUCUGUACCUGCUCACUACUCCUGCAUUCCUCUCCCUAGCAGGGACACAAGCUGUAUCCGCUUUUUUUUUCUGACUCUGUCUCUCAGCUCCUGCCGCUGGGACCCAGAUGGCAAGCUGAGAAAACGUAGACGACUCAGCCAGAAACAAUAUAUCAAAUUAGCCUGUGUAGGGACAUCUAGUGGCUGGAAUUAUAGGGGCCAAAUAUAAGGUAAAAACCACAAUAUUUUUAAGACACAUAUUAGACAUACUUAUCAGAGAAUUACUAUAUCAGAAACAUAUCAACAUUGUAUGGGGACAGUGCCUUUUUAAAGGUAUUGCAUCUUACUUAGAGGCCAAAAAAUGAUAAAAACAGCAACCCCUUUGUAAAAGAAAAAAAUAUUACUGGAAAAUGUGUACAAGUGACGUUUCAAAUCUUCCAUAGGGCCUUCAUCAAACAAGAUAAAGGGAUGAAAUGUUGCAUGUAUAUAUUGGAGUAAUCAGACCACAGUAAGCUUUUUCUACAGUGGGAGUGCUGCUUUAUCACUGCAGGGUCUUAGUUUAACCCUUGUUACUUGUGCACCUAUAUUCAGAAUACUCUGUAACAUUGCUGCCUUAACUUUGUAGCUAUUACUUAUAGGCCAGAUUUCAAAAGCUGCAAUAUGACCACAAGAACCCCACAGUUCUGUUAAAACAAUGGUCAUCUAAGUUAGUAUGAGAAGAUUUAUAGGGGACCAGGCCUUGUGGCUGUAAUGUGGAUUUUAAAGAGGCUUUCCCUGAUGAUUUAUCCUGGUGCUCAGACUAAAAAGGUUCCUUUAUUGGGCUCCAGGGAAAUGAAAUGCCGCACUCAUAUGUGUACUGUGGCUGUGUAAACAGUUAAAGGGGGUAUCCCAAGAUAAGAACUCAUCACCUUCCUGCAGGACAAUUGGUAAGUAUCUGAUCGGUAGGAGUCUGACCUCUGACACACAUACUGAUGGUGAGAAUGGGGGUCCCUUGUUCCCCUGUGUGGAUGGAGUGGUGGUUAAAAAUGUGCAGAGCUGCCAUUUAUUCUCUAAUGGGACUGCUAAAGAUGCCAAAUGCUGUACUCCAUUAUUUCUAUAAAUCCUAUAAAGAGUGGAUGGAGCUUUAGAGUACAUGCUUGACUCCAUUUACACUGGGGGAAAGGGAAUUGCCUUUUUGUGAAUAUUGGGGAUACCAGUGGACAGACUCCCACUAACAGAUACUUAUCACCUAUCCCCUGGUGGUUUAUCUUGGGAUACCUGCUUAAAGGGGUAUUCCAGGCAAAAACUUUUUUUAUAUAUCAACUGGCUCCGGAAAGCUAAACAGAUUUGUAAAUUACUUCUAUU